AUGGUGAGACAGUGCCAAGUGUGUGGUAAAGUUGAUGCCACAAAUCCUGAACUUUCUUUUCACCGGUUUCCUUUAAACCCAGAGAGGCGAAAUUUGUGGUUUAGCCUUUUGGAAUUUACACAAAAUAAAAGGAUACCAAAAACAGCUGAUGUUUGUUCUCAACAUUUUGAUCCCAAUGAUAUUUAUAUCAGAUCAAAUGGAUUUAAAUAUUUAAAGGCGGAUGCAAAUCCAUUGCCAGCUUCUCCACUAUUUGAACCUAACUCAUCAAGCUCAGAAUCCCUGGAAUCCAUUUUAAAUGAGAACCCCAAAUCUUUAGAAGUUCAAAGCACAUCAUCUGCAGAACCGUAUUCAGAUGCAGAUGGUUCUCCUAAUAAACUGCUAGAAAAGAUUACUUUAGGAGUAGAAGUUUCCAAGACUAGCGGAAAAGUUUAUCAAGGGGCCCCAUAUGAUGAAACUAAUGAACAGGAAACAAGGAUUGCAACACAUUCAGAUGAUUUUGAUUUAAAUAUUGUACCUUAUUGCAAGCCAGGUACUUCACAACCUAAAGAUGGACAAAAAGUUGAGUUUAAAAAGUACCAGUCAUAUACUACUUCAACAGCAUCAGAAACAGAAGAACAGAUUUUAAGUAUGCUUAAAAGCAAUCCCUCAGAGGUUCCAGAGUCACUUGUGGGGCCAGAUUCUGUAUUUAGAGGAAAACUUGCUUUGGUUAAUGUUCCCAAAAAAAGGAAGAGGGAUGCCUAUGUUGGAGAUUUGAGUAGUGACGAUUUUGAUUCUCCUAAAAAGCGUAGAAGAAAGAUUGCCUUUAUUAAAAAGGUAGUUGAAGAAAAAAGAAAAAAAGUGCAUGGUUUGCAAACAACAGUAAGACGCCUUAGAAAAAGGAUUACUUCAUUAAAGAGCCUUCUAGAUUUAUUUAAAAAGAAACUCUUUAUAUCUGAAAAUUCUGAGAGCAUGAUUAAGGCAUCUUUACCAGACCAACUUGGUGAAAUUUUUGAAAGAUUUUUGAAGGGACCAAGCAAACAAAAGUAUACACCGGCUUUAAGAUGCUUUGCGCUUACCUUGUCAUUCUACUCAACUAGAGCCUACAACUUCCUUAGAACUACAUUUAAUCGAAGCUUGCCUCACUUGGCUACAAUUUCCAAAUGGUAUCGGUCAGUGGAUGGAUCACCUGGAUUUACCAAAGAAGCUUUAGCCGCCUUGAAGUCAAAGCAAAAUGAUUCACCUGUACCUCUCUUGUGCAAUCUAGUCAUGGACGAAAUGUCAAUUAGAAAGCAAGUGGAGUGGACAGGAAACAAGUUUGUAGGGUAUGUUGAUGUGGGCACCCGUCUUGAAUCAGACAGUUUACCCAAAGCACGAGAAGCCUUAGUAUUUAUGCUCGUUUGCUUAAACGGUUCCUGGAAACUACCUAUAGGAUAUUUUUUAUUAGAUGGACUAGGGGCAUCUGAAAAGGCAGAAUUGGUCAAAAAAUGUUUACAGUUCAUUGCAGAAAGUGGUGUUAUAGUAACAUCACUUACCUUUGAUGGAGCCCCUACAAAUUUAAGUAUGGCAGAAAAGUUGGGAGCGAAUUUCAGUGAUCCGAAAAAUUUAAAGACCGAUUUUCCACACCCCACAUUAAAUUAUGCUAUUUUUAUAUAUUUAGAUGCCUGCCACAUGGUAAAGUUGGUGCGUAAUUGUUUUGGGUCUCAGGAAGGUUUAAAAGAUAAUAAUAAUGAAGAUGUGAAGUGGUCAUUUGUAGAAAAAUUGGUAGAAAAGCAACACCUUGAAGGGCUGCAUGCUGGCAAUAAACUUAGAAUGCGUCACAUAAAGUACCAAAGGGAAAAAAUGAAAGUCCGUUUAGCUACUCAGACUUUAAGCAAAAGUGCUAGUGAUGCUAUAAACUUUUUAAGGGAAAAUAUACAAGAUCCAGAUUUUGCAAAUUCCGAAGCUACAUCGGCGUUUCUUUUAAAAUUUAACGAUUUAUUUGACAUUUUGAAUUCCAGGAAUAGAUUAAGUAAAUAUUUUUAUAAAAAGCCGUUUUCACCUGCCACAUAUGAUACUUUUAUAAGUCAUUUAAAUAAUAUGAAAGAAUAUAUCUUAAGUCUUACAUUAAGAAGUGUACCUAUUGUGAAAUCAAUAAGAAAAACUGGGUUUCUGGGGCUGUUAAUAUGUAUUGAAAGUAUUAUUAAAAUGUAUAAUAUUUACGUUGUUGAAAAAAAAUAUUUAAAGUAUAUAUUAACAUACAAGUUGUCUCAAGAUCACUUGGAGUUAUUUUUUGGAGCCAUACGUAGCAGGGGAGGGUAUAAUAAUAAUCCCAACGCAAAGCAAUUUGAGGCAGCCUAUAAACGUUUACUAGUUCGAAGCCAAAUUUCAGCUCCAAAUACUGGAAAUACUUUAAAUUUAGAAAGUAUUACAAUACUUACUUGUGGUUCUGGUAGGCUACAAAAGGAUGAGGUUAAGGAAAAUGGUGGAUAUGAAAAACUGUUAGAGUCCUUACAAAAUGAAAUUGAAAAGGAAGGCUACCUUAUUUCAGAAGGUUGGGACUUAACACUUUAUUCAAAAGAUAUAGUAGCGUACAUAUCCGGAUUUGUUGUAAGAGGCAUUAAAAAAUGUGUUGACUGUCCUACCUGUCUUGCUCUAUUAGUAACUGAGGAAAGUAUUUCUGAAUUACAAAAAAAAAAAACUUAUGGAAGGCUUGUUAAAGCAAGCAAACUUGUUAUUGAAACCUGUAGGGCAGGAGAAAAGUUUUUUAGAUUUUUCCAUAAAACAACAAAUAUUUUUAACCAAAAAAUUGAAAAUCUUUUACAAAUAUUGAUAACAAAAUCAUUACAAUUUAUUCCAUCUUCGGUCUACGACGAUUUUGGGGAUCAUUUUUAUGACUCUCAUAUUUUACUAGAUGACCAUGUAUCAAACUUAUUAAAGUCAAUUUUAAAAAUUUAUUUUAACUUAAGAAUUCACCAUCUAGGAAAACAAGAGGAGGAGGUUUUAAAAAUAAAUAGGUUAAGAAGCAUAAAUACCAAAACAGUCCUAUUUAGAAAUGAAUAA